CCUUCAAUAAGCUACGUAUUGCUCAAAGCGCCUCAUUUCGGCCGGCGAUCGACGUCGGAUUACGGACUUAAGCGUAAUAAUCUGUAGAAAUAGAUCUUUCUGUCUAGCGCAAUCACGAGGGCUAAACCGGGUGAAUACUAACAUCAGAUGACUAGAUACAUAAUUUAGAGCAUUUUGGUUUUAGAUAUUUCUUCGCGAACAUUAAACACAAAACGAAAAAUAUCAAAUAUUAACAGAACAAAAAUGUGGUGGAAUUUACGUCUGAUAGCACUGACUUGUGCGGUUUUAAUCGCUGUUUCAAAUGCACAGCAGUGUCGAGUAGUACCAAAGUGCACUUGUGAUAUCGACGGGGAAUCUGUCGACGUGGAGGAACAACACACCGGAAGUGAACUACUGGCCGGCACCGUGGGCGCGCUCGGCUCUGUCGUCGUAACCGGUGGCGGCCUCGGCGUCUGGUACAUGGUAAGAGGCCGGAAGGACGUGACGCCGUCUGACAUGGACGAUGAUAGCGCCUCAAGCGGUGAGGAUAACAGGGGCGACCAGAAGGAGCGGCCACCGCCCUAUAAUAACGAUAGCGGACAAGGAGAAGAUAAUUUUAGGGGCGGCAAUGUUUACAGGGCUGGUAGACAUGAUCCAAAUAUGCACCGGUCGGGGAUACGUAUGGAGUCGGAAUUUUGAAACUAACUAUAGAGAAAGAAAAACGUGUAUGUUUAAAAUUCAAUGAUAUUCAAAGUGUUUAAUAUCUUUAAAAAAAACAGCGAUGUCUUGGUAAUACAUUAUUAAUAACUGUAUAUGUUAAAAUACUGUUCAGAAUGUUAUUCAGAGUUUCACAUAUAAUUUAUACACAUACAAUUUUCCAAGGUCACGCAAGGCAAAUAUUAAUUUUCAUUUUAGAAUUUUACAAAGAUCAUCAUUAGUCGCCCCGCGCUUGUUCAUCUUUAUUAAUCGCCCCGCGCUUGUUCAUUUUUUGCCAAAAAGAAAGAAAAAAACAACAUAACUAAGGUGUAUUGAGACGGAAAAAUGGUGUAAUUUGUCAGAUGAUUUCAUCAGUCUGUUUAAAUGCUUGUGGGAUUCAAUGCUUCACACUAGUUUUUGUCUUUAAAAAAGAAAUGAUGAUUAGAUCUAUAUGUGAGCAGAUGAAUAUUGCUAAGAUAUGAAACAUUCGCAUUGUUGUGAAAAUAGUAAAACCGCUCUCGUUUGACCAACAUAACGUGUGUAUAAUUAACAUACAAAAAAGCGUGUGUAUAGUUACCAUCAAAAAUAACGUGUGUUUAGUUACCAUAAAAAAUAACGUGUGUAUUACCAUCAAAAUACUGUUAUUGUUGAGGUACCCGGUAAUGAUGUUCGAAAUGUUAGGCGUAUAAUUAUUGUUUAAUGAAUGGUAAAUUGGAAGAAACCAAACCUGGAGGCGUAUUAAAAUAUUUCAGCUGUGUCUUAAAUAUUGUUUUAAAGUGGAUGCUACCAUGCUAUUAACUAAACAACACGUAUUUAUAAAAAAAAAUAAUAUGACAAAGUCAGCGACAUGUUUAAGGGUCAGAGCAUUAAAGAAGGUCAGGUAUGCACAAACGAGCUUGUGUUUACGCCUUCAAAUUGCGCGUGAUCACGUAUGUGUCGAUGGGUAUGUGUGUAUUAAAAGUAAAAUAUCUGUAAUAGAUCUAUGUUUAUGACAUGCCUUUUUAUUCCAGAAGGUACGAUGCAUUGUUGCUGUUUUCCUAGAAAAUAAACUGUUAAGCUUG